AUGGUGAUUAUGAAAUUUGCAACUAUUUUAUUGGCUGAAAUGUGGCUGGAGAACCAAUUCAAUGGUUACAUGUUUCAGGGUGGUCCGUCUCAAGGAGGUGACAAUUCCAAUGAGUUGUCAUUACCUCUGCUGUCAACCAUAAGGGAACUUGAGAAGUACAACCUUAACGGUGCAUUUAGUGGAUCAAUGCAUAACAUGGGUGUACCAACUCAGCCUGCAAGUCCUCUUGUCAAUGCAUCGUUUCGUCUUGCUCCCACCGAGGACCCAGAGGUUGAAGAGGUCGAUGGAACCCAAGUCUCAAACAAUAAGGGGAAGAAGAGGGUUGCCCAGCGAGGAAGGUCAUUCACCCACGAGGAAGAUAGGGCAAUCUGCUCAGCAUUUCUGCAUGUUAGCAAGGACCCUAUUAUCGGAACCAACCAAACUUCUGCUGGGUACUACACGAGAAUGCAUCGACACUUCGUGGACAACAAUGGAGUGAGUACAAAUAGGACUAAGGUUUCAAUAGAAAACCGGCGAGGAACAAUUCAGAAGGCUGUGAACAAGUUUUGUGGCUUUUAUGACGCUAUCGAAAGGAGGAAUCAAAGUGGCAAGAAUGAGCAGGACAGGAUUAAUGAUGCCAUCAGGAUGUACGAAGAAAUCGAGCCAUGGCAAUUCCAUCACUGUUGGCUCAUUCUGCGAGGAGAGCCGAAGUGGCACGCGAGGAUGGUGGAAUGUAACAUGGCUCAAAGAGCUAACCAAAGGCCUGCCCCGAAAUGCUCCGAAACAGAAACAUGUUCUGUGCAGGCUGAAAGUACACUCCCAGACAGACCUGAAGGAAGGGACAGCGCCAAGAAGAGAGCCCGGAUAAUGGCUGAUACCUCAUCGUCAAGUGCAGCAAUGGAAAUGCUGCAGAAGAUGCAUGAUAGAGGAGAGAAGAACGAUGUAAAGGAAGAUCAACUUAGGCACGAAAUGUUCAAGAUGGAGAGAGAGGGGCUUGAGCUGCAAAAGCUAAACUGGGAGAAGAAAUGGGUUGCCUCGGAGAAGAAAUGGGCAGUAAUGGAGUCCAAUGCCAUGACGCGACAGAAUGAGUAUGAGUUGAACCAAUGGAACGCGGAUCUUAUGGUCAUGUCGCUGGAUCUUGACAAGUUAGCGCAACCACUGCGUGCGAUGUAUCAGCAGAAACAGGGGGAGAUCAUGAAGAGGAGAGGCAUCUCCACCCCUCCAACUAGUGAUUCCUGA